GAUUCUCAGUAGUAACCUUUAGGAUUUUGAAAACAUACUGGACUUAAGCGUGGUGACACACUGGCUGUGGGCAAGUCAUUGCGUCUGAACAAAGAACCCGAGGCACGGCCCUAGAGUCUGGUCCUCAUCUGACACUCCACAGGCUGUCCUGUUGAUAAGAAAGCACUGUUUCUGCCAUCAUGAUAACCAUACAAGGAAUAGAACAGCCUGCACUGGAAGCUGGUUAUGGCACACAGCAGCUGGGACAGCCUUUAUAUGUGAAUUCACAUUCAUGGAAAAGAAUGACAGAAAAGUUCUUGAAGGGAGAACCCAAAGUCCUUGGGGUUGUACAACUCAUGAUCGCUUUCAUGAAUAUCACCAUAGGAAUCAUAAUGAUAAGUGUCACUGUGCCAUUUGGUGGAAUACCCCCUGUGUCAGUGUACAUAGGAUACCCCAUUUGGGGGUCCCUCAUGUUUAUUAUUUCAGGAUCAUUUUCAAUUGCAGCAGCAAAAAGAACUACAAAAGGUUUGGUUCGAAGCAGCCUGGGCUUGAACAUCACCAGCGCCGUGUCUGCCUUCUCGGGGAUGAUAAUCAGCUCACUGAGCCCAGGCAUUUAUUCCUUCCAUUUAUAUUCAUGCACAUACAGAAGCUCAUCAGAAAGCUCAUCGGACAGUUGCUUCAUGGCCAACUACAUUUUAAUGGGCCUGGAUGUUGCGGUAGUCAUUUUCAGUGUGCUGGGAUUCUGCAUUUGCGUGUCCCUGUCUGCCUUUGGAUGCAGAGCAAUGUGUUGUAACCCUGGUGGGGUGAUGAUAAUUAUGCCAUCAAGUCCUCCCAUGACAGACACCUCACAUCCUGUAUCACUUCAAAAAGGUUUAGCGCCACCAGCACAGCAAGAGAAAAAUGUUCUGGAGAAUCUGCACUGAAUCUUUUUUUCUCAACAACCACACAUGGGAAAGAACAAGACUCCCAUCUCUCUCUUAGGGCAUUUAAAAGUAUGUUAAAUAAACAAGAAGACUUUAAAAU